GCUUCCGCCUCAUGCUGCCAAUGUUCCAAAAACGAAUUGAUGACAUGAUUUUACGGGAUUUUCGUUGCUCUUGUGACGCUGGGACAAGACGUGCCAUUGCUCUGCCCACCUCCGCCCCGGUCCCGCCGCUCCCUGGCUUUUUCCAUGGCUGAUACAAAACCAACAGCAUUCCCACAUCACUCAACGGCCUUGUGCUUGUUUCCUUUCGAUCUCUCUUCGCUUCCCUUUCCUAUCGAUCCGCGGCUUGAUGCCCGCCGCCCUACCCCUACUACUGCUCGUCUGCUCCGGCCUACUCGAACCCGACAACAAUCAAACAGCCUCAGCUUCAAGGGCACCCAAGUCUACCUCUACCCGCCGAAUCCGCCUUCCCCUCAAACGCACGGCGUUAUCCUUGUUUGGUCCGGCCGCCUACCUUGGAUGAAAAGGGCCCAUCACAACGGCGGUAAAGAACAACCCUUUCAUCGGAGGGCCUAGGACAACUGGUAGUGAUAAGAGACGGGUUUAGAAGGCGCCAUCUUAGUCGCGCCGGCAUAGCAAUCGUGGAAAGUCAAGAAGGCUGGCCUGCAAUUUCGCAUCUUUUCGGACUCUGCAGAAGCCUCUCUUCAUCUCGGUGAACCGCGACAUCUGUGAGCUUUUUCCAACCACGUCGAGAACUCAAGUGUUCGCCAUUCACUCGUAACGUACCUGGCUGCGGUGGGCAAAGUUGAGCUUAUACUGCAGGCCGAUCAAUAAAUCUCCCGUGGAUACCCAUGCUUCCGAACCAACAUUUAGUCCUGGGCGAACACCUGCUGAUUGUUGCAAGACUUGCUAUCCCGUUGCGAUACGACGUUUUCACCCUCACACGGGAAUUGGGCAGAUAUACUUUGGCUCCAAUUCUAUCUAGAUGUGCCUCGUUUUCACUCCACUAGUCAACAGUCUUUCUACUUUCUGCCUGUGCCACUUGGGACUGUGAAGGGCAAACAACAAACGAAACAAAGACCUCGAUCUCUUUAUCUGAUACUUAAUCCCGCCCAACACAUCUGGCCGUUUCGAAGCAGAUACCGGGAGACCCUUUAAGGGCCUUUUUGAGAAGAGCAAGGUCUAUGGUGGACACCUAUGCAACAGUCCGUUGAGAAUCCGUCGGGCUCGAUCUAGCCUUUCUACGUCUCAUUUGCUGUGAUCGAUCUCUCCGAGCUGCUCUUUGAGUCAGCGUGCGACUAUGGACGAAAUGAAUUACACGAUGCAGGCUUCUGUUCAUCCUGUCCCGCUUCCCGGCUGGUGGGUAAAUGGUCCGCAAAUCCGUGGGCAAGGUCGUUGCCCAUACAGAAGUGGACUGAUGGAAGGCGCAGCAAGUGGAACGCAAACGGGAGAUUCCGAAGGUGGAAGUCUUGUUGGGACAACAGAAGGAGCUGGAGGAUCUAGAGGAUCACAACCGAACCACGGGCAGUCAUCAACAACAACAUCCAACCGCCAUCAACAGUCGACCCUGCCUCACCCGCCGCCACACCUACCGCCCGCGUCAUCAUUACACCACUCAUUCUUCCUUCACGCGGGUUAUUCUGACAACUCUCUCCCGCUUCCACAACAGCAAAACUAUUAUUUUCUCCCUCCCAUUCAGGUACAGCAGAUUCCUGGAUCCCAUGGGCCCACGCCGCCAUCAUUUCCCACAUAUCCCUCAGGCCCUUCUCCGCCUACGUCCCACUCGGCGAAUCGAGGGUACGAUCCAGUUCACGCUGCCAGCAACAGCAACCACGCCAUGAACAACCAAAACAGAACUAGUCAAGAGUCUGGUCAGGGUAAUAGUGGAAACGCCGGCAACAACAUGGACAAUCCGGGUGGCAAUCGGCAAGACAGCCAUCCAUCUACUGGCCAUGCUCAUCACUACGGAGGCAACGGCACCAGCAGUAACAACAACAGCAACAACAAUGCCAAUAAUGGCAACGUCACGGCCCCGACCACGGGCGUCAGCGCCUCGAGUGUCAGUGCCGGAAACACGGUCACGUCCGGUACCGGUACUAACACGUGGUUCCCAGCACAGUCCACGACGGCAUCUUGGCCUCUCCCUUCCCUCGCUUUCCAGGUACAGCCUUCGGUUCCCUACUUUGCUCCGCCGGGCUCCAUGGCAGAGCUGUACGGCAUGAAUGGUGGUUCCUCAGGAAAUUUGGGUAGAGGGCCGGGGGCGCAACCAGCUGCGAACCCCGUCUCCAGUGCAGAUGCAGACACGCUUAUGGGCAACACAGAAACUCAAGGUGGCUCAUCUGCUGCAACUGCUGCAACCGCCACUCCGCGGGUUGGUGGCUUAGACUCGGGACCGAUACAGGCUGGCUGGACGCCUCAACAGGGACCGAGCCGUUCUGCAUUCCCACCAGUGCCGCCACCACCACCACCACCACCCGGUCUGUCGUCCAUAGAAGCAGGCUACCUCGACAGGUUUACAAGCUCGCAUAAUCACCCGACCUUCAGCAACAUCAAUCCUCUCGGCCAGGUACUGCCAGACCCAGGCCAUUGGGGUUCUCGUCACACAAGCCACGCAACUAGUGUCAACAACCCCAAUCAACAUCACACAAAUGGGCCCCCGCUGGGUCAUCGUCGCCAACCUUCGCAUCAAUCUAGUCAACCUGUACUCCCAGCUACUGCGACCUCAUCAGCAGGUAGUCAUAUCAGGCUUCCCGCCCCCGAUCUUCGCUCAAGGCUCGCUCCAUAUCGUCCGUCAAGCAUGUCGAUUCCAACCGAAGGCGGCAACGACUUGUUUCAUGCCCUUCAGCUUCCCCAGGGCCCCCCAAACCCCCCGGGCCCCCAGGCUUCGGCAUCGAGCGCUGACCGACCGUCUCGCCAACAACCAGGCUCCGGGUUGACGAAUACAGCUGCACCACUUCCCGAUAAUCAGUCCCGCACUGGCUCCGCCACCACCUCUGCAUCUGCUCCCACUCCGGUGUCCGUGUCCAAUACGGGGCACCCAUUUGUUGGACAUUCAACUUCGUUCUCCCGUGGGCCUGCCUAUCCCGAGAUGCGAACAGAGAUGCGAGAUCUCCUGGUGCGAGCCCUUCAUCCCUCCGACAGCCUCAGUGACGACGAUAUGGAUUUUCCAGACGAGAUACCGACGCGCCGGCUAGUCGAUGAGGAAAGAGCAGCGCAGUUACUCAGGGCACGGCAGGUAGCUCGCGGACAAAGUACAAAGAAGGUGGCGUCUCGAAAGGCGAUAGAAAGUCUUGAACCUGUAAAUGUUGCGGACUUGCCUGAAACGGAUCGGAUCUGCGAUAUUUGCUACAACGAUUACGGUACCGAGAGCCCGGAGGGCAUUUCAGAGCAACCGUUACGACUUCCCAUAUGCAAACAUAUAUUCGGCGAACAUUGCAUCAAAAAGUGGUUUCAGGAUUCGAAUAGCUGUCCUUACUGUCGAUCUGAGCUUCCUACACAGCAAGUAUACACUCAGGCCAAUGCCCAGUCCAUCAGAGAGUUUCUAGAUAGUGGGCACUUCAGGCGUCAUGGGAGUAGAACGCAGCACGAGUUACUUCGUCAAAUGGCCCAAUUCAAUGAGAGGUAUAGCAGCCCCAGGGCAUGGCAAGCAGCGGAUCGACGAUCGCCUCCUUCGGAAAAUACAGGCAACACGAGACGAGGGCCCAGACACGGCAGCUUGCACCAGCGACAGUCAUCAUCGGGAACGUCUGCACAAAGCAGCCAACGCCCACCGCGUGAAAGGGUCAGUCUCGUGCCCCCCAUCCUCGCUGGUAGAUUCUGUAUCUGCUCUCCUGCGAAAAGCUGGAAGUCGGACUACUGACAACCUUCUUCGCGAUCCAGCCUGCCUCUGAUGGUGACAACGCCUACAGAAUUGCCGACACGAGCCAGAUGUCCUCCACUCCCCAACAGCCACCGGCGCCAUCAUACACAUCCGAACCAGCACCUCCAUGGAUGCAGCAUGGUGAAGCGUCUUUUGCCUUUGAGCCCUCAAAUCGCGACCCUGCUUUCCCUGAUCAGAUCCCCGGCACGAGGGGCCCCGCACAAGGGCAGCCGUCCAUACUUGCACAGCGUGAUCAGCCUCUUGCGUCCACAUAUUCCGGUGAAACCCCUUUCCCUGGUUCUUCUACCUUUCCCCUUACUGGUGCUGGUAGACAGUGGCCUGAAUAGGGACACGGGUCUCAUGCUUCCUCGAACCAGUUGGCCAACACUGGAGCAAGACAUGCUGCUCAACCUUCCCCACAAGAGCAGGCCUCUGCUGCCAGACAAGUUACUGAGACUUCACCAGAGGGAGACGAUCCGUCUUUCCCGGGCAAUAGAUGAGGUCCUCGCUGCUGCACAUCUUGCUGGAAUUUGGCCACAAGGGCAGCGCACCGUUUCUGGUCAUGAUGUCUUGGCUUGGAGAAAGGAGGCUAUCAACUCUGGACGUCUACGGCACUCGUUUUCUGGAGGUGGUAGGCAUCCUAUCGCACACAAGCAGCCCUCCGAAGCUCAUGAUCAUCAGGCCACAUGGGAAUUGAACGGCAACAACACCCUUCCUGGCAACAGUGAUGCCCGCUUCAUUGACUCCAAUUCUUCUUUGCAACUGCCUUCCUCUUCUCACCAACUGAUUCCGCCUGAUAGACCUGGUUGUCUAGGCCCAUGGCUUGAAAGAAAGCGCAAGCGUCGCGAUUUAUAGUCGUAGGAGUAGGUUACUUUUCAACGGACGGGGGCUAUUUUUCUAACUCCAGGCUUACCCACUUUCAUUUUAACGUCACGUCUGUUUGAACUUCUUUUUCUUUUUGUUGCAUCACGCAUUGAUCAGUCUCUUUCCUUUUGUGGUCAUCAAAAAGCGUUUGGAGUUCAGGUCACGGGAGCAAGCGCGGUUGGAUUUCAGUCUCCACCAUAAGCAUUAGGCGUUCUGGUAUGCGGUUCUCUUUUAUUUAGUUGCCUUGUUCGAAGGAAGUAUGCCAAUAGAGCGGAAUGGUACGUAGCUGAUAAUCCUUCAUCGAGUGGAAACGCACAGAACUCGAUUCACAGCGCAAGAAAGGGACAUAUUCUACCUAUCUUUUUGAAGAAAAGCGUCGAUGCGGACUUAGAAAUCAUUGGAAUGGUAGACAACGUGACGUAGCGCAGGUGGCAAGGUGGGCCGAUUCAUUUAGCCUUCCCAGCGCAAAGAAUGAGUGAGCAUGAUGAACAUCAAAGCGAAAAGAGGAAAAGAAGGUACAUGGAAUGAGAGGAUGCGAGUCAAAUCCAUAUCGGGGGCUUGGAGACAACUUGUUCUGGAGGGAGAAAAAAGGCACAGGGGAUAGGUAAUUUGGAAGGAUGUCAAACACAGCGCAGUGAAUUUAGGAAUACACCAGACAUACAAUAACGACUGACUGACUAUCCUUGACAGUAUGUAUUCUUGACUGUCCG